CCACUCCGAGUCGUUAAGGGCGCUGUUUCCCAAACCUCACAUUAGAACAUUUCAAUGACGUAUCGAAGAGAAAAGAUUUCUCAAACGGUCUUGGUGGCUGCUCGGCUUCUUGUAGGAAUGGGUGGUGAUUUGGACUGUGCUGUUGUUCUCCGCUUUCUACCAGCCCUUUUAUUACUGUUAUCCUGUAUAUUUGGGCUAUCACUCGAAACGGAACUGAGUUUUGUGACAUGCGGAUCUGUCGUUAAACUGUUAAAUGUAAAGCACAAUGUGAGGCUACACUCGCAUGACGUACGCUACGGGUCCGGUAGCGGGCAGCAGUCUGUAACAGGGGUCACUUCAGUGGAGGACAGUAACAGCUACUGGAGCGUACGAGGAACAAGUGACACAUUCUGCCAUCGGGGUACCCCAGUGAAGUGUGGACAGACGAUCCGCCUCACCCAUGUCAACACAGGCCGUAACCUGCACAGCCACUACUUCACCUCGCCGCUGUCGUCUAACCAGGAGGUGAGUGCGUUUGGUGAGGAAGGGGAAGGGGACCACCUGGAUGAGUGGACAGUUCAGUGUGGGGGAUCUGUCUGGAAGCGUGAAGAGGCCGUCCGCUUUCGUCACAAGGCCACUGAGGCGCUGCUGUCAGUGACAGGGGAGCAGUAUGGACGGCCGAUCCACGGCCAGAGGGAGGUUCACGGCAUGUUGAGCCCCAGCCCGCACAGCUUGUGGAAGGCUAUGGAGGGCAUCUUCAUGAAGCCCAGCGAGAACCUGGCAGGCAGCCAAGACGACGGUCACCAACACACAGAGUUCUGAACUUUUCUUCUCUGUCUUUUCUCAUUUUUCUCUGUCUACCACUGUAUACCUACCUCUGUCACUAAUCACAUCUGUACCAGCAGCCUCCAAAUGCACAUCUACCCCCUCUCAUCUCAUUUUCUUUCAUUAAUCAUUGACUGUCAUCUUUUGAGGAGACUGUGUCAAAGUCAAAGUCAAGUACCUCACCAUUAUUACCAACCUCUGACAUUUAGUAGUGUUUUGAAGUCAGUAUUCACAGACAGAAUAUUUGUGGAGAUUAAACUGGAAACACUACUGAGUCUGAAAAUAUCCAGCACUUACAUUCAGACUUAACAUUAUUUGAAUAACACUAUAAGCUGCCUUGACAGAUAGAGUGAGACAAAGGUUAUUACAGUGCUGGUUUAUAGAAUAAAGACCACUCUUUAUUGCAGUUUGUGACACAUCUAAGAAGAGGUGCUCGCUUUGCUUUUUUCAAUU